GGGAGCAGCAGCUGGCCUCGAACGCGUUCAGUGUGUCGUCCGUGGUUGCCGCGCCGCCCGUGUGCCGAGUGUGUUCUGUGUCGGUGCGCGCGCGUGUGUUUUGUGUGCGUGUUACGUCGUCGUCGGCGGCGGUGGUGCGCGUGCGCUCCGAAUGUUUUACAGUGUCGCGGUGCGCGUACGACGCCCCUACCGCGCCGCCCCUUGGGCCGCGAGUGUUCGCCGUACCGAUUAACGCGCGUGUCCGUUCGUCCACCGGCUCUGUGUAAUACGCUCAUUUAUAUUACUACUACUACCACCACUACUACUACUACUGUUAUUAUUAUUAUUACUAUUAUUAUUACAGUCGUCGACGUUAAAGUUCGCAGGGCUGUUGUUAGUUUGCCGAGUACGAGUGAGCGCGCGAGAGGACUCUCGCGACACACGAUGGCUCGCCGCGCGUAACGGUGCGCUCCAGCGUGUGUUUGGCAUUCGAACACCAGCACCGAAGUUAACCAGCAAGAGGGGUAGGCAGUAGGCCCGACCCGGAUACGCACGCCUACCAGUGGACGGUGACCCGGAAUGUCGGCCAGGGAACCGUACGGGCCAGGAUCGUCGUUAGGCGCCACAGGCACGCGUUCACCGCGCGGCACCCGGCGCAUAGCCACUGAACUUCCAACGGUCGACCGGUCGCCGUCCAGGACGUACCCUACAGGAGCAGGCGGAGGCGGAGGCGGCGGCCAGCGGAACAGCCCGGUGGGCCGUAGAACGGUCAGACCGGGCGCCGGGUCGCCCGACCACCACGGCGGCGGUGGAAUCGGCGGUGGUGGCGGCGGUGCCUACCAGACAGGUAUCGGAGGUGGAGGUCUGGGCAUCGGUGGCGGCGGUGGAGGCGUUUCAUCGUCAUACUAUCGAGACGACGAUCUGAACAGUCCGGUGCUGUUGGACGACCGGGGACGCGCCAUGGGACCGGCCGGCGGCGCGUCCCACCGGUCCCGGAGCGCCAGCCGUCCCGUCGACCGGAUGGGCGUCAUGCCGCCGUCCCGGUACCAGUCGCUGGACCGCAACACUGGCGGCGGUGGUAUACUGUCCGACUCUGGCGGUCAGUACGGCCACGACCGUGACUACAGGUCGUUCGACAGGGACCGUGGCUAUGGCGGUGGUUUCUCGUCGCUGGAUGAUGAUCCGUACGGCGCCGUGUCGUCCAGGGCAAGACAGUCGCCCGGCAGCGGUAUCGGUGGUGGUGGCGUCGGUGGCGGCCACUUCAUGUCCAACGCCCGCGACACCGGACACUUCCUGGGCGAACUCCAGCACCAGAACACCGACCUGCACCGUGAACUGUCCAACCUCAAGAAAGAACUCGAGCUGACCAACCAGAAACUCGGGUCCAGCAUGCACAGCAUCAAAACGUUCUGGAGCCCCGAGCUGAAGAAGGAGCGUGCCCUGCGCAAAGAGGAAUCGGCCAAGUACUCGCUCAUCAACGAUCAGCUGAAGUUGCUUCACUCGGAGAACCAGAAACAAUCGAUGUUGGUGCGUCAACUGGAAGAAGAGCUGAGAAUGCGAAUGCGGGGGCCAAAUAUGGAACUAACGCAGCAAGUAGAAUUGCUGUUGAACGAAAACGACCACUUGACCCGAGAAGUGGCCAUCCUCAGAGAGACUAUUAAGGAAUUAGAGCUCAGGAUAGAGACGCAAAAGCAAACCUUACAGUCUAGAGACGAUAGUAUAAAGAAGCUUUUGGAUAUGCUCCAGAACAAAGGCGUUGCAGGCAAGGAGGAGGAGAGACAGUUAUUUCAGCAAAUGCAGUUGAUGGCACAAAAGCAGGUCGUUUCAAACGUUCGCAAUCAGAACUUUCAGUUAACAGCCAAUUCAGACCUAAAGGCCACCAAUGACAAUCUAAAAGCUCUGCAAAUGGAGUUAGAAAAAGCGUACCAGACACAAAACGUGGGGGUGGCUUCCAGUGGCACGCUGACGGCUAUUUUGGAGACAAAGGAUGCUCGCAUAGCGACAUUGGAAAAAGAAGUCGGUCUCCUUGAACAGGAACUGGAUAGGAUGCGACUGUACGCCGGGUCACCAGGCCACGCGCUAGACAGGAGCGUUCAGUUCGCGGCAGCGCCAGCGUUCAAGCAUCAAUUAGAAGAGUUCCGGUCGGAAAUCCAAAGACGUGAUCAAGAGAUUGUGGCAAUGAGUGCCAAAAUGAAAACUUUGGAAGAACAACACACCGACUACCAGAGACAUAUUGGAGUGCUGAAAGAGUCCUUGAGUGCAAAGGAAGAACAUUACACAAUGUUACAAGCGGACGUUGAAGAAUUACGUUCACGACUCGAAGAAAAAAACCGUAUAAUUGAAAAAAAAACACAAACUGCUUUGCAAGCUACUCAAGAAAAAAAUAGAGUGACAAACGAAAUCAACGAGCUCAAGGAUCACGUGGAUAUUAAGGAUAGAAAAAUUAACGUCUUGCAAAGAAAAAUUGAAAAUUUAGAAGACUUAUUGAAAGAAAAAGACAACCAAGUGGAAAUGGCUAGAACAAGACUAGCGUCACUUCAAGCACAUCAAUGCUCAUCUGAAGGUGCGGUUACAAGUUUAGAAGAGGCGAUAGGUGAUAAAGAGAAACAAAUGAACCAAUUACGAGAGCAAAGAGAUCGAGCUGAACAAGACAGACAGGAAGAAAGAGACUUACAUGAAAGGGAUAUCGCUGAUUUCAAAUUAAAACUGCAUGCACUAGAAAGCGAAGUCGAAAAGAUCCACACUCGAUUAAAUAGAGCAAAUUCUGAAAAAAAUCGUUUGGAAGAACGGUUGGAACAAUCACAGAGCGAACUUGGAAAAUCAAAGGCUGAAUUAGAAAAAGCGUCAAGUGAAGUGAAUAGAAGUGGAGCGGAUUGGGAGUAUACGAGACAGAAAUUCGCCAGAUUAGAACUCGAAAAUGCCCAGCUACGGCAAGAUUUAGAAUUAUCACAGACGACAUUCGGUAGAAGUACGCUGACCAAAUCACAAGAAAUGGACAGAGUACAAGACAGAGCUGAUAAAGCGCUUGCAGAUUUGAGAGCGGCACAAGCUGACCUCCGCAUAACUCGAGCAGAUAAUGAUAAGCUAUUGGGUGAAAUCAAGGCGUUACAAGAAAAACAUGAGGUGUCUCAAGGUGAGAUAUAUAGGUUAGUAACAAAACUAGAAAAGUCCCAAGGUGAUAUUAAUAAUGUCAAGGACGAAUACGAGCGUAAUCAAUCAAGUGUAACUAGAAUCCUCGCCGAAAGAGAAAAGGCUUUGGUAGAGUUAGAAAAAACUAAAGAAGAGUUGGAACGGUCUCAGAGCACACUAGGCAAAGCACAACUUCAGCAAGAAAAAUUACAAAUGAUGUUAGACGAUGCACAAAGAGAAACCGAUCGAGUGCAAGAUACGUUAAAUAAGACUACGAGUGAACUCAGAAAGUGGCAUAUUGAAAAGGAACAAAAUACGUUUGAGCUUACUAAUGUUCAAACACAAUUAGACAAAGCACUUGGACAAGCUGCACGUCUACAAAAAGACAAGGAAGCUAUUCAAAUAGAGUUCGAAAACUUAAAGGCUAAAUAUGAAAUAAGCCAAUCAAUGGUAGCCAGACUGCAAAAAGAGAAAAAUCAAUUGUUAGACGACAGUGAGAAAAAUAAAAAUGACGCUGAUCUAUUCCAUUCACAAAUAAUGAAAUAUCAAAGAGAAAAAGAAAAAAUCCAAGCUGAACUUGAUCUCACUGAAGAAAGAUUUGAGAAGGCACAAUCGAUGUUUAAAAAAACACAGCUUGAGAAGGAAGAUGCUAUAAACGAAGUUGAUUUGCAAAAGGAAAAAAUAGAAAAAUGUCAGAAAGCAAUGUACGAAGCAGUACAAGAUAAAAAUGCUGCUAAAGAUGAGUUGGAUAGAGUUAUGGAGAAAUACGAUAGAUUACAAAAUGAACUAUAUCAAGUCAAGAAAUCUUUAGAAACUGUUGAGAAUGAAAGAGAUGAUGUUAAAUUAGAAAUGGAAAAAUUACAACUACAUGCUAUGAAAGCCAGGGAUGAUCAAAGAAAAUCUAAAUCCGAAAUUCAAGAGCUACAGGAAUCAUAUGACAGGCUAAUAAUACAGUUGGAAAGGACUAAAGACGUAGAAGAUAAAUUUAAAGACGAAAAAGAUCACCUAAUGGAUAACUUGGACAUGAUGAAAGAACGGUGUGACAAAUUGCAAAUGGACGUAAGAAGACUGUCAGCAGAAAGAGAUAAACUACAGACAGAAGCUAUGAAUAAUGCAUACGAAAUGGAAAGAGCUCACUCCCAAGUUUCUAAAACACAAGUGUUGCUCGAAGACCAACAGAAAGAUGUAAAUAAGCUUUCAAUUGAACUGGAAAAAAUAUCUGAGAAAUAUAACAAACUAAUGAUUGAGUACAAAAAGUCACAAUCGGAUAUUGAGUUAUAUAAAACACAGGCGUCUACAUUUAGAGAUGAAGCAGAAAGAUAUUCAGUUAGACAACAAGAAAGAAUGAAAGAAGAAUUGGAGGUGUUUAGAACUAAAUAUACUCAAGAAAUGGAAAAAUCAGAGAAACUUCAGUCAACGUGUAAGAAAUUAGAAGAUAAAAUGCAUGAUAUAAAUAUGGAAUUGGAAAAGAGUAAAUCAGAAUAUGCUAAAUUUAAAAAAGAAAAUGAAAAGCUUAUAUUGGAUCAUGAAAAGUUACAAAUGAAAUGUGACAAACUAGUAACGGAUAAUGACAAAUUAAGAAUAGAAAUUGCUACGGUUGGGGAGCAAAAUAGUUUUGAUCUAGAAAGAACUAAAGAUCGUUAUGCAAAAACAAAACAGUCACAAGAAAAAACUGAAAUGGAACUUUAUAGAACUCAGAUGGAUGUAGAUAAACUAAAGAAGGAAAAUGAGAAAUUGAAAACAGAUUUAGUUCGAGUUGAAGCGGAAUUAUUACAAUUCAAACCUGAAAGAGAUUACGAUAGGUUUAUGAGAGAUAAACCAGUGUUAGGAAGGUCACAAAGUACAUGCAAAGACUUUGGAGAUUUCGACCGCACCAUGUCUGAAGAUCGAUUGCGAGACCGCCUUGAACAAAGUCAAGCAAAAUGUCACAGGAUAUCUGAAGAAAAAUUAAAAUUAGAAACUGAGCUACAUCAAGUCAAACGAGCACUAGAACAACAGCAAAUGUCUUUAUCAAAUUCUGAACAUCACGUAAAAGAAAAUAUUGUUAAGGUCCAGCAAGAUUUGAAUCAAGCGCUAAGAGAAAAAGAAAUUCUCAAGGAAAAACUAGAAAUUAAAGAAAAACAGUUGCAGGAAUGGAAAUCACGACUGGAUAGCUCUAGUAUCAUACUAACAGAGAGAGAAGAACUGCUGAAACAGAUGAAGAAUAGUGAGAGGCGUUUGGAAGAGUCACAAAAACAAUUGUCCAAACUUGACGUGGAUUUGAAAAAAGUAACUUCUGAAAGAGAUGAGCUAAUAAACAUGUUAAAGAAGUCUCAGUCGGUGUUGUUGCAAUGCCAAGACAAGUUGCAAACUUCCGAAAGAAGUUUGGAAAUAGAAAAGGAUGAAGUUAAACGAUUAAAGGCUGAGCUCAGAAACCUAGACACGAGUGCCAAACAGAACAACGAGCAAGAUUCUUCUCGUUUAAGAGAUCUGAUAAGAACUAAGGAUAAAGAGUUGGAUACUUGUAGGCAAAACUUAGCAGUCAAAGAACAAGAAACAAAAACUCUUCAGCAGGCAAUACAACAAAUGCAAGUGGCGUUAAGAGAACGGGACCAGGGUGUGGACAGUGAAAGAACUAAUUUACAGAAAUCUAUGGAUGCGCAACGAAUCAUGACUGAAGAGCUCCAAAAGAAACUACAGUCAGCACAACAACAGAUAAACAGUAAGGAAGCUUCUAUUGUCGAGCUUAAAAAACAAUUGCAAGCCCUUCAGACUGAGAACAAACGGAAAAUGGACGAAUAUACUUCUAAAGUUGCCACGUUAGAAAAACAACUUCAGAUAUCAGCGACGUCGAAUGACAAUGCCUUGAAAGAAGAUGUGAGAAAACUCUUGGACGAACUAGAUCAUACUCAGAGUGAGCUCAAAAACCUUGCUUUAGAAAAAGAUAAAGUGUCACAUCAAAAUCAACAAAUUCGAAACGAACUUGAAAAGAAGCAGCUUGAAUUACAAGAAGCUCAGAAAAAAGCACAUGUAAUAGCAUCGAAAUCAAAUGAAGAAACAAACUCGUUAAAAGCACAACUAGAGGAACAAAAAAGACAAUUAGAGGCACAACGUCGACAGCUUGAAGAACUUAGAAAAAGUGUCGAUGGAAGGUCGAGACAGUUGGAAGAAAAAGAAAAACACGUGGCGGAAUUGGACGCCAAGUUAAAAAAACGAAAAGAAAAUUUGGAUCUCCUGGAGUCCCAAAUAAACAAAGGCAAGUCGCAAGCCGGUGACAGUGAUGUAAUCAAAAGACUGCAAAGCCAGAUUGAAAGCUUACAAAAAGAAUUGGAAAAAUCCAAGGAUGAGGCAAGUAGAUCGCAGACAGACAUGGAAAGACUGCUACAAGUAGUACAAAUGGGUCAAGAAGAACAAAAUGCGAAAGAGAAACAAAUCAGAGAAUUGCAAGAAGCUUUGAAAAAUGCACAACCUAAGAUGAGAGUGCCACAUCCAUCAUCUCAGCAGCAGCAGCAACAGUCACACCCUUCGAGACAGCCGAAAAAAGACGAUGAGAAUAUAGACCUACCAGAGGACGUCGGAACGCUAAUCGGCAACGUCGAACAUGUUAAAUGCGAACUAGAACGGAAAUUUACAGAAGAACUGGAAGAUUUGCUGGACGUAAUACAGCUUAAAAACGAUCACAUCGAAGAACUUCAGGAGGCGCUAAAAGAGAGCGUAACGAUCAUAUCGGAACGCGAGGAUGACUUGUUCCAAGAGCAGAUCAAACGAAAGGACAUUCAGGAUCAGGUCUGUGGACUGGAAGAGCGAUUGUCUUUGGCAGAAAACCAAUGCAAAAAUUGUCGUGGGCUGUACAAGAGACUGGAGGCGUUAGAAGAACAGCUAUUCAGUCUUCAGUCUGAAAGGCGAAAGAAACUUCAAGAGUUAUCACAAUUAAGACAAGAAGCCUUGGAAUCUGCCAUAAGCGAAAAAGACGCACAUCUAGCGCUAUUAGAAUUCAACGGUAUACGCCGCUAUACGGUCAAGCAGACUGAUGUGAUCGACCAGUUAAAAGUUGACAGGGCCAGACUGAUAAAACGCCUGCACGAAGAGACCGAAACGGCCAUUGAACUCCUCCAGGAGGCAGCGAACUCGAAAAACAACAAUUAUUAAAAUAUACGUAAUUCUUAUGAAUUAUAAUGUUGUCGUUUAGGUUAGUCUAGUACGAGUAUUAGGUUUGGUUGAUAAACUGUCUUUGUUUUCCUACCUAAUGCCGGACUAGUCUAUCCAAAAACCAUAAACCUGUCCCGCAUUAGUUCCUAUAUAUAAUUAUCAUUUUGAAAUGUCUACUUAAAUAUAAUACUUUUUUAGAAUUUAACUAUAAUAUUAUCAAGUACUACCUAGUAUAAUAUAAUAUUACUAUUAUGUAUAUUUUUUUUAUACUUUUUUCUAUUUUUCACUAUGCAUCACUUUCGAAAAAAGUUAAAAUUAUGUUUAAUAAUAUUUAUUGCCGCGCAUUUUGAUUCUCGACCGUAACGAACCGUGCUUAAGAUAAAUUAUUACUAUAGCCAUUAAGUGAAAAAUGAUUUUUCUCCAUGUUUUUUUUUUUACCGAAAAACAAUUAAUUUUUAAUAUUGUUAUGGUGAUUAUGUCGAGCGAAAAUCGACUAACGGAUAUACUUAUAUACAUUUAUAAUACCUGUAAAACUACCUGCCCGCGAUUUGCGCUAAAAAAUUGUCCCUCGCGAAGACAUCUUCAGUAUUGAAACGGAUCUUUUUUAUGGGAAACGUUAUUUUUUUAUUAUUUGAUGUUUCCUGCGUUUCAUCGUGUUUUUAAUCGUUCGUCUGUUUAAUAACGUUAGGUAUUAUGACUGCGUUGAUAUUGUUAAAUUUAUAUGUUUGGACGUUGACGUUAUUAAUAUACUCGUCGAAGGACUCGUGGAAGCUGCAAAUAAUCGUACACUUGAUCGUUUCUUUUUCUAAUUUUACAUGCGCAGAUCGUCGUCAUCUUAUAUUAUACAAUCUAUAUUUGUGCGUUUAAGGACUGUAAAUACAAACAAAAAUUAUAUUAAUUAUUAUUACAAAUUGUUGCUGUUUUUCGCUAAACGAAAUCGAAUAAAAUCUUUUUUUUUUUAAACAAAAACAAGCACAAAGUCAUAUUAUAUUAUUAUGAUUUAUGAUACACAAGCCACAAUGUUAAGAAUAAUUUUGUAUACAAAUUAUUAAAACUAUUUCUAAUACUAUUAAUAAUACGGUUAGCUUAAUGAAUAAAAUUAAUAAUAUUUUAAUAAAAUAUAAUAACUUAUCGCGUAAAAACACUCCCGACUUUGUCAUGUACACAGAUUCAUUCGAGUAUAAUAUAUUAUAUAUUCCAUCGCUUGGCAUUUUUUUUCUAUUCUCGUGUUCUAAAAAAAAACACACACACACACACACACACACACACACAUACAAAUUCUAAAAAGAAGUCAAACGCAUAUUUGAUCGGUCGUUUGUACUUUUUUGUUUUAAUUUGUCCACCUAUAAUAUAUAUAAUAUUAUAUAGUGUCGUUUUGUCGUACCAGCACUAAUAAUGAAAAUAAUAUGCGUAUUGAACCGUAUAUAUUAUACUAUAUGUUAUACUCAUUAUAUUAUAUUUUAUUAGUUGUUAUAUAGUGUCGUCGUGAGGCUUUUUUUUCGUAGCUUACAGACGUAUACAUAGCGAUAAUAUUAUUUAGACCAACACACCAGACUUGUCCACUCUCAAACAGUUACACACACGCACUCACGUGCAAGCAAUUUACGUAUAAUAGAUGAGAUGUGUAUAAUAAUAUCCGCCACCGACGAGUUCCACCACCGUUCUGUUAUCCGUGUCUUUAUGAUGCCCUAACGCAAAAACCACAAGACAAUAUUCGUUUGCAAACUGAAAAAUCCAUCUAUCGUAUUGCAUAUUAUACCGGCCGUUCGUGUAUAUAACAUUAUAUUGUCAAUACUUUCAUAUUGAUAAUAUUAUUAAGUAAUAAUAACCACUGUGGGAGACGCGCGCGUUUGGGACUUACGGCAAAAUAACCCCCCCCCUCCCCCAA